AUGGAUACGGAUUCAUCUAUAUCCACCCGGCGACAACCUCGACCCAACGCGCCGCACCCUACUCAUCUCCAAAUUCCUCAGAUUCCCACCUUUCCCUUGUCAUCCCCGAUUGUGGAGGAAGUGCUCACACCUUUUCUCGAAUCCGACUCGCCAGAAUAUGGCAAGGAUCGCAUCAAUAACCCUUUCAAGUCGCCGAAGGAUAGAGACAUGGUCGAUUUCAAGUAUCAAACUGGGUAUAUCAGUGAAAGAAAUAACUCAACAAACAGCCUGGAAUAUGCCGAUUCGCGAGUCACAAUAGAACCGCCAGUAAAAAAAGCACGUCCGGGUCUCAAUGUUGUAACAAAUUUUAGUUCAAACAACUUCAAUUCGGCCUCAAAUAAAAAUAUUGCUCCAGCACCACAAUCCCAAACUAAAGGCUUCCUAGAUCUAAGCGAUUUAAAAUCCCUCUCAAAAACAAAAUCGAACGAUUCGAGUCCCGACAAGAAACGACAACCUACAUGGAAAACAAAAAAGGGGGGCUAUGAAGUGUUGAAAGAUCAGGCUGACCGCGCCCAAACAACUACUCAGCAGUCAGGGAGGGUUGAGAAGCCGUCUUUGAUGCGCAGAGUCACUCGGAAGGCCACGCAGAAAUACUCAAAGAAGCUCCAGGAUCUGUCACCAUCAGACCGUCCCAUUUUAAUUGGGUUAAGCAUACCAACAACUCCAAAGAAACCAGCAAUAGAAGAGAAAGCUGUUCCCCAGAAAUCUCAGCAGACGCCUGUGACACCGUCAAUAGUAGUGACGCCUGCUAUUGAGGACCGUGAAUGGAACUCCGUAUGGAACAGACCACCGCGUCCAGCCUCAAGUGUUUACUCGCAGCCGACGCCGUACAUAAGACCCAGUAGGGUAGAGUUAAUUCCUCCUGUUCCUGCCCUCCCAGCACUCAGUACGCUACCAGGCAAUGAAAAAUAUGGCGUAUAUCCGGAAAAUAAGUCUUCAGAAAAGGAGCGAGAUCUUCCGUACGCAGACAAAACUAACGGCGGCAACGACUCCCCGACGUGGUUCUUUUCACGAGGGCAAACAUCACCAAACGGGGUAAAUCUUGAUACACCGAGGCGCUUGAGCCUUGAAACAAAUUCGCCCCAGCGCGGGUCCCAAGGCUGGUGGAACGUUUUAUUUACCCCGUUGUCGCGAUCGAAUACAAUGAGCAGCUGGCGUAGCUAUGUAACGGAAGAUAGCAGUCCUCCCCCCGUACCUCGUUUAGCAUUUGGAAUCGGAAAAGCAGAUUACGAAACAGUCUUGAAUGAGAAGGAACCGGAGGCCGGUGUAUCAAAAUUUUCUCCGGACACUCCCACCAGUAUGAGUGACGCAAAAAGAAUACAAAGCAACGUCACGGCGUGGCCGGAUAUGGAUGACUGGUAUAAGCAAUGCCAGAAUCGAAGCACUGUUCCUCGGCCCUUUCAUUCACCAGAAAUACCUCGUCACGGCGAUUGCAAGAAUUCACCAUUGUCCGCUUCGUCAACUCAGUCAAUCCCUCUUGUUAUAUCGACCAUCGCGCCCCAGAAAACCGAGGCAACUCACAGCAUGUCAUGUGGACAUGACUUACUGAGCAACCAACCUUGCUCUACAUGCCUUUCCCGUUCUAAUAUUGAUAGAUUUCUUGCUGAAACGUCGGCUAGCAGUCGAGGAGUCUUAACAAAGCCUCCGCCCCAGCCUAUUCAAAACCAACCGACUGAACAGUCCUCGAAUAACCCUUUCUUCCAGAGAUUUGUUGCCAACCUGAGGCAUGGAGAAGCUAGGAGAUCAAGCGCUGACUCCGGCUCAACGACUAUUGAAGAUGAUGAGCCAGAAAUGUCCCCCAAUAUACGACAGGCGACAGCAACGCCUAUAUUAAAGGCUGGCAUUGGAACACCCGCAAGGGUUCACUCACCCCUACCGCCCAAAAUAACGGGAGACACUUCGAAAAGCCAACAAAAUGCGACCGGUGCAAAAAAUUUAUCUAGUUCGACGUUUGGUUCAAGGGAACCCAGAGCAGAUUCCGUACCACCGCCCUACUCCUCCCCCGCACCAAGUAAGUCAUAUCCUCGUUACCGAGCAAUUUAUCCGCCAGAUCAGCAGCCACAUUCUCCAGGACCGAUUUCUCCUGCGGGCAACAACGUUACCGGUAUUCAAGGCGGGAUACAAAUGCACAAUGUAGUAAAUAUACAUGCACCCCCUGCAACAUAUGAUCAUAAUAAUCGUCUUCCUCCACGGCCUCCUGCACCCCCUCUGACUUUAUUUUCCGCCGAGAGACCCACAGUAGUGCGAAGCAACAUCGAGCUAAAACGCAGAAGACGCGAGAAAGAAGAAGCUGUUGGGAGAAAAUGUUGUGGUCUAUGGCGCGGUCGAGGAUGUUUCGGCAAUGGUGGCCGUCUUGCUCGAGGGGGUCGAGAAGGAAGAAAACGACGGCGAUGGUGCAUUGUUGCUGUUGUCAUUUUCUUGCUGCUUUUAGCUGCAGGCAUUGUUACGGCUGUGAUGCUUACAAGAAAGAAGGAUAAUGUCGAAAUUCCGUCUCGGUGGUUGAAUUUGACGGGAUACCCUGCAAUGCCAACCGGUAUUGCUACUAUUGGUGGGCCUGAUCCGGUCGAGACAAGCUCUGGCUGCGUACAUCCUUCUACCAUGUGGAGCUGUUCCCUGCCCAAAGAGGACCAGGCAAUGAAUGCUCCAUAUGAUCAUGAUUCUCCAAAAUUUCGGAUUGAAAUUCUGUUCAAAAAUGGGACGUAUCCCCGCAGCACAACCACUAUAGGAAAUCCGAAACAAAGGACAACGCGCGAUACGCUUUUUCGCCGAAUUCUAGGCUCUAACAUUUUACACGUACGAGGCAACGAUUUUACACCUAUUCCUGCCCCCCCAAAUUUGAGGGAUAUUGAGUUCUUAGGGAAUACUACUGACGGUAUUGCUGAACCCUUUAUAGGGGAGGAAACACCUUUUUUUGCUAGUUUUCUCUCCAUUUCUCCCCCGGCAAAUCUCCAGAAAAGAGCCGAUUCUUCUAGCGGUUUCCCAAACCUCACUGCAAUAAUUCCACCACCAGGAUCUUCUCCAGACGGCACGGCAGUAGCCGCUAACCUUCUCCCUACACCCAAGUCUCAGCCACUUCGAUUGUUUGAUCGUGGUAAACCAACUGAACACUACGGUUUCUAUACCUACUACGAUCGCUCUAUCUUCCUUAAGUCGGUUGCAGAAAACGCCGCCUUAGCAGACGAUGGGGCAGGCGGGUCCACAAAGUCGACUGCCCGAAUCCGGUGUACGUGGUCAGAAACUCGAUUCCUUGUCCAGAUCUGGACUCAACCAGAGAAAGCUGGUCUACAACUAGUAGGACGACCCAAUUCAUUUAAUUCAACACCUUCACAGUCCAUACCGGGCAUGCCUGAUUCUGCGACCGAUUUUUCUCGUCCAGGCACCUUCCCUUACCCGGUGACUAUCAAGCUGGAUAGGCAUGGCGGAAAUUAUAGGAAGAAGAUGGUGUAUUGCUAUGCCAUGAACAGCCGCUCACAGAUUGAGAUCAACGAGAAGAAACUGCAGCUGGAGUUUCGCGGUUUUGCUGGUACCUUGAUUAAUCCUGCAGGAGGGAUAUUCAAUCUCAGCAAGUCUAUAGGAAACGAGAAAAAGGUCGAGGAGUGGCAACCUAUUGAUGGUGGAACAGGGGGUUUUGCAAUUGAAAAUAACAUUUUCCUGGGACCAUCCCUGUCCAACAGGGACUGCCACAAUCAACAUAUUGGACACUCAAUUGACAUACCAGACCUCGUAACCAGUAUGGUGCAAUCAAACCUCACCAGCCUCCCACUGGAGCUUCGAGAAAACAUAUACUACAACGUCCUGUAUGGCGAGGUACCUGCGGACCCAGUGUUGAUAUUCCCCGAGACAGAGCGGGGUCGUUUUCUUGUUCGCUCCAAUUGUGGCGGGCUGCUCUGUACGAACAAACAAAUCAACCGAGAACUAUCCGAUUAUAUCACCUUUUGCAGCAAAACCGGGAGCGGACUGAGCUGCAGAGGGGACUUGGUUCUUGUGAAUGAGCGGCAAUACUACUUCGCAUGGCGAGCUCUCCCCUGGAGAACCACCCACAUUGGCACCUGCACGAUCACUUUGAGCAUCCAGGGAGUGCGUGAGGGGUUCUCUGGCUUUCGUACAGAUGGGUUCAGCGAGCCGCCAGUGAUCAGCUACAUCCAUUCCUUCAUACGUUCGAUUCUCGAGUACGGACCGCUGCUCUCGGGGGACAACCCCGCAUGGAUUACACUUGGCAGGCUGGACAUUAAUAUCUUGACUCCUCAACCGCCAUUCCCACAAGGCUAUCAACUGUUGCCAGUUGAAGGCUUCUCUGAGCUACGGGAUAUUACGUCGGGAAUUAUCAACCCGAGAACUGUGGCGCUUGAGAUCGAGGAAUAUUCUACCUGGGAGCUAGAGAGAUGGGCGAACAGCAGGCGAAGGGCAGAAGGUAUAUUUAAUGGGUUGAGAACGCUACAGGUAUUAGUGGAUGGGACACCAAUGUAUUCGUUUGAUAUUGAAAAGAAGUUCAACGAAGGCCAGACUUGGAACCGGAUAGGAGGACAGGUCUGA